CAGGUUUUUAUCGAGCUUAUUUCUUUAGUGACAUUCGUCAAAAACAUAUAAUAUACAGCCAUUAAGAGGAAAUUAUUUGCGCGAACAGGCCAUUUUUACUCAGUGGAUUAAUGCUGAGUUAAAAAAAUCGUUGGCAGAGUUUCUGUGGGAGCUGCUCGCUUUAAAAGACAGAGGACACAAACAGUCUUCUGUGCAGUGAAAGCUGGAAAUCGUGCAUCAUUAGUUUACCUCCAGUUUGAGACGCAGGUCCGUCCGGGAUGAAAAGCGCGCGGGUUGUCGUGGUGGGAGGAGGUGUGAUCGGGUUCUCCACUGCUGUCUGCAUCGCUGAGUCUCUUCCUUUCUGCUCCGUCACUCUGCUGUCGGAGACGUUCAGCCCGGACACCACCAGCGAUGUAGCUGCUGGGCUCCUGUUUGCUGCAGAGUAUCCAGAUAUUCCCUUGGAAAGACAAAGACGCUGGUUCAAGUACAGCUUUGAUCACCUGUUGGCCAUCGCUGCAUCUGAACACUCACCGGAGGCUGGAGUCAUGCUGAGCUCUGGCUGGCAAAUUUUCAAGGACGUUCCAGCUGAUAAGAAGCCCUUCUGGUCAGAGUUUGUGAUCGGCUUUCGAUUCAUGACCGACGCCGAAUUGAAAAUAUUUCCUGGGCACAAGUUUGGCCACGCGUUCACCACCAUAAAAUGCGAAUGCUCCAGCUACCUGCCGUGGCUCGAGAAGAGGUUCAGAAAAGCCGGAGGUCGAGUGGAACAGAAGAAGGUCAACAGUCUUCACGAAUUAAGCAACAGCUAUGACAUCAUCGUCAACUGCACUGGUCUGGGCUCCAAAACGCUGGUGGGUGACGACAAGGUGUACCCGGUCAGAGGUCAGGUCCUUAAGGUGGAGGCCCCCUGGCUGAAGCACUUCAUCCGAGCCGGAGAUGGAAUGACCUACAUCUACCCCGGCAUAGACGCCGUCACUGUAGGCGGCACGAGGCAGGAGGGGGACUGGCGACUGCAGGUGGACGAAGGCGACACGAAGAGCAUCCUGGAGCGCUGCAGCAGGCUGGUGCCGUCCAUCGGCAAAGCCAAAGUGCUCAGCGAGUUGGCCGGUCUGAGGCCGACGAGGAGGAACCCGCGGGUGGAGAGGGAGGUGGUGCAGCUGCAGGGUCGUACGGUGCCCGUGGUCCACAACUACGGCCACGGAGGCUGGGGAGUCACCCUCGCCUGGGGCACCGCCCUGGACGCACUGGGGCUGGUCAGGCAGUGCCUUCACGAUAUGACGCAACGGGCUAAACUGUGAACUCAGUCAGUACGUUUACUCUGUGCCGAUAAAACGCCUUUAAAUAAUUCACGCUGGCAGUGAGAUUUAAAUCACUGACAGACAACAGAGCUGCAACGAUCAGUCGAUUCGUCGUCAUCUAUUAAAUUAAUUGCCAACCAAGUUUUGAUUAGCUGGAAUUUUUUAAGCAAAAAGAAAAAUUCUCUGGUUUCUAUACCCCUCUUUGACAAUAAACUGAAUACAUUUGGGUUACGACAAAAUUAGAUAUUAGAGGGAGUCAUCUUGGGCUUUUUGAAACACUGCUCGACAUUUUUACCAUUUUCUGACAUUUUAUAGACCAAACGACUAAUCGAUUAAUCGAGAAAGUAAUGGAUAGAUUAAUUGACAAUGAAAAUA